UAAGAACACAUCAGCAACUCUAUGACAGUCUGACUCCCGCCUUGACUCCACUGUACAAUUUCAUAGCCAAAAAUAACUGAGGAUGAUAAGAAUGACCAACAAGGAAAUACAGCAUAUUGCUAGAAAUUAGGAUUGUCGAGAGGGUGUCAUCCUUGACAGAGGGACAGAGGGAUAUUGCUGAAAAGUAUGGAGGAACACUGGCUACAUGUACUGAUCAAAGUGAUGGGUCUCCUGCUAUUUACUCUCGCUCACUACUCUGACACCAUAAAUCUGAACCUUGUCAACUUCACAGAGUUCUCUGGCCCUGAAGGAAGCUACUUUGGCUUCUCCACAGAUUUCUAUCAGUUUAGCAACAAAACCAUCAGUGUCGUAGUUGGAGCCCCCAAAGCCAACACAAGUCAGGAAGGGGUGACUGAAGGAGGGGCAGUAUACAUCUGUCCCUGGUCAAAGACUGGGGGGUCCUGUGCUAGCAUAACCUUUGACCCUAAAGGCGAUGAGACAUUUCCCCAACCAAACUUGAAGAUAAAAUCCUCCAAGUCCCACCAGUGGCUAGGAGCUACUGUGAGAUCCUCUGGGAACUACAUAGUGGCCUGCGCUCCUCUGUUCCACUGGAACGUGGUAGACGUGGACGAACGUGACGAAGCCCAGAACACUCCGGUGGGCGGCUGCCUGGUUAUGAACACCGUAACGGGGGGAACAGCAGCCUUCUCUCCCUGCCGAGACUUCAUGACGGAGAAAUCCUAUAAGGAAAACAAAUACAGAGAUGACAGGCGAUACUGUGAAGUGGGAUUUAGCUCAGAGAUUACAAAGGGAGGAAGACUCCUUGUUGGUGCCCCCGGAGGCUACUUUUUUCAAGGUCAGAUCAUCAGUGCAGCGUUGUCUUCUAUUGAGGAAAGCGCCAAGAAACGCUAUGCCAAACCUUAUGUGGCAGGACUAACCUUCUCCCCUGAGACUGGCGGAUAUGAUCAUUACCAUGGGUACUCCGUGGCCAUUGGCGAGUUCACUGGAGAUUCAGUCCCAGAUUUCGUGGUUGGAGUCCCUAAUGACCGGGGAACAGCAGGCUCAGUCAAAAUCUACAACGGAAAAUCCAGUGACUAUUUGGGCGUAAUACACAAAUUUUUUGGCUCCCAGGUGGCCUCUUACUUUGGGCACAGUGUUGUUGUGACUGACAUUAACAAUGAUGGACAUGACGACAUUCUAAUCGGGGCGCCCCUUCACAUGGAGCGGGUUUCAGGCCAGCAGUGGCAGGAGGUCGGCCAGGUAAGUGUGUUCCUUCAGAGGGAGCGCUCUGCCUUCCUCCCCAGACCGGACCAGAAGCUGACCGGCUCACAGAUGUAUGGACGCUUCGGUAGCACUGUGGCCGCCCUCGGCGACCUGGACAAGGAUGGCUUUAAUGACAUUGCUGUGGGAGCCCCGUCCUCAGGUGUUGAUGGAAGGGUGUUUAUCUACAUGGGGACUGUCGAUGGACUGUCUCCCCACUAUAGCCAGGUCAUUGAGAGUCCUUUCCGGUCCAAAGCCUCGCCAGCACAGUUUGGCUUCACCCUGAGAGGAUCCACUGACAUUGAUGAAAACGGCUACCCAGAUCUAAUUGUUGGUGCAUGGGGAGUCAAUAAGAUUGCUGUAUACAGGGCACAAGCUGUGAUAAUGGCCAAGACACAACUCUCCCUUGACCCUGACUUCCUAAACCCAGAUGUCAAAGAGUGUGAACUCCCAUCCACCAGCAAACCUGUGGCUUGUUUUACAGUCAUGAUGUGCAUUAGUGUGUCUGGCCACCGUAUUCCCGAGGAGAUUGUUCUGGAUGCAGAGCUUCAGCUGGACAAGAUGAAACAGCCAACGGCCAGAAGAGCCCUGUUGCUGCAGACCAAUCAGCCACAAGAGCGUUUCCAGCUGACCAUUCAGAGAGAAGAGGGAGUGGUUUGCUCAAACCAAACUGCUUACCUACUGCAUGAAACAGAGUUCAAGGACAAGCUGAGCCCCAUGUUCAUCUCCUUGAACUACGACCUGUCCAAUUCCAAUUCCCAGGAGGCAGUGCUACAUGGCCAGAGAGCCACGGCUGUACAGACCAGGAUAAUUCUGGACUGCGGAGAGGACAACAUCUGUGUCCCUGACCUGAGAUUGACUGCUGAAGCGGGUACGGAACGCCUGCUGAUAGGGGAUGACCAUCCUGCCCUGCUGGUCGUCGUCGCGGAGAACCGAGGAGAGGGCGCCUACGAGGCCGAGCUGGAGAUACGCCUGCCAGCCAAAACACACUAUCAAAGUAUGGUGGUGGACAAAGAGGGCUUCAGCCGGCUGAUCUGUGCUCAGAAGAAGGACAACCAGACGAUGGUGGUGGUUUGUGAGCUGGGGAACCCCAUGAAACAAGGCCAGAAGCUUCAGGCUGGUCUGUUCUUCAGUGUGGGCAAUCUGGAGGAGGUGGAAAGCCACGUGACCUUCACGCUGCAGAUGAAAAGCAAGAACAGCCAGAACCCUGACAGCAACGCCGUCCACCUGAGGUUUAAAGUCAGUGCAGCAGCAGCCCUGGAGAUGCGCGGGGGCUCCUCUCCACCAGAGUGUGUCUUGCCCAUUGCCAAGUGGGAGCAGAAGGAGCAGCCUGCUGAUCUGGAGGAAGUCGGACCACUGGUGGAACAUGUUUAUGAGCUGAGGAACUUGGGUCCAAGCCCAGUCAACGCCAGAGUGGAGGUGGAUUUCCCCACGCGUAAUCACGGAGACUUCAUGCUCUACGUGUUUGCCAAUGCCUCUGAGGACUUCCUCACCUGUUACACCGACUCCCCAGACAUUGAUCCGUACCAGCUGUCUAGGAAUAACACGGACGCUAUGCUCUACAAAAUCAAGUGGAACGAGACGACUCGUCCGGAACCUCAGCGCAAGCAGACCAUCCACGUGAACUGCACCAGUGGAGACGUCUGUGUGAGGUUCGUGUGUGAGGCAGCAGGACUGGAGAGGGGCUGGAGCGCUGUUGUCAAGGUGAUGUCCCGACUGUGGGUGCAGACCUUCCUGGAGAGGCCCUACGAGAACUACGUGCUCCAGUCCACCGCCCGUUACCAGGUCACUGACAUGCCCUCAAAGAUCCAGCCUGAAGAGCUGCCGAGUGGAUGGGCAGAGACCCAGACAAGUGUGGUAUGGAGGGCUCCUGAUGGGGAGAAGGAGGUGCCAGUGUGGUGGAUCAUCGUGUCCGUGGUCUCUGGCCUCUUCCUCCUCGGUCUGCUCAGCUUCAUCUUCUGGAAGAUGGGCUUCUUCAAGCGCAACCGUCCGCCGUGUGACGACGAUGAUGAUGAGGCAGGACAGCUAGCCGGGACUGGGCAGUCAGAAUAUGCAGAGAUGCCCACGGACACGGACAACAAAAAAACAUAAACCGUUGUGGUUUCGCCCUGGGAGACCUAUUUUGUGUAGAUGUAGAAAGCCCUGGCGUUAGAGCAGCCGGCCAGUGACUGAAAGGUGGCUGAUUUGAAUAUUUGAGAUAGCAAGUUGAUCAAAGUGCCCUUAAAAAGAAGAUUGAACCAUUGCUUAUGUAUGUUCUGUAAAUGUAGAUUUCUUUGAUUCAACAAUUAUUUCUACACUUUUUUGUUAAACUGUAUCGCCUAUCAGCAAAAAAUAAAUAAAAUACUUGAUAGAAA